GACGUACUUCCUGUGGAGAUCAUCCCCGCAUUCUCCACGUGGAAGACAAGAACUAAGAGCAUUCAGUUCGGUACCGUGAGCAAUGGCUUGUUUGGGUUUCUGUGGGGAAUGGUUUCUGUCAACCUGCAGCAGCAAACUCAUAGCGAUCCAUACCAAAGAGCCCAGAGAACUGUUUGUGUUUGACUGCAGCCAUGCUGAAAAGAGGCUAAAAAUAGCAAAGGAUGUAAAUAGCAGUGAUGCAUCAGAGGACACCGGAAGUGACACGGUCCUUGCUUUUGCAGUGUCUUCAUCUGGCAAAUUGAUGGCGAUAACUGAUGACACCAAACGACUGAUCCUGUUUCAGUGUGAACCUUCAUGGCACUGCAUUAGCAUCAGGUGGGUGAUUAGGAGGUGCACAUCACUAGUGUUCAGCCCGGCUGAAGAUGAACUGCUGGUGGCUGACAAGUCUGGAGAUGUUUACUCCUUUUCUGUGGUUGAACCAGAGAAGGACGGUGAGCUGAAGAUGGGUCACCUUUCGAUGUUGCUUGCUGUGACCAUAUCUGCAGAUGACCAAUACAUCAUUACAGCUGACCGUGAUGAGAAGAUCAGAGUGAGCCAUCGCAGGUCCCCUUAUAAUAUCCAGUCUUACUGCUUAGGGCAUCACCAGUUUGUCAGCACGCUAGAGAUCCCAAAAGGACAUCCACACUGGCUGCUGUCCGGAUCAGGGGAUGGAACAGUGAAGCUGUGGGAGUUUGAGUCUGGUCGCAAACUGCAAAGCUGGGACCUUGGACAGCUUGAAGACAAGCUAUGCUCUGAUACUGCCAAAGGAAAUAACACAGCUGUGUUUCGUAUCUGCAGUUCCCCAGGUGGCCGUGAUGUAGCUGUGUUGUGCGACGGACUGAUGAACGUUUACAUUUUCACCUUGGAGCAAACCAAUGAUGAGAAGCUGAGGCUUCACAGUAAACUCCACCUUUUCCACCGUCCCAUGGACAUAGGCUUUGACAUGAAAGGACAGCUUUGGGUGCUAUUGGACUCCAGCGAUGUUCCACUCCAAAUCCACACAUACAGAAAAAACUCCUGGGAGGGCCUGUACGCAGGUGGUGGAGGUUGGAGAAAGGAUGGCAGCCUGGAGAGCCGGGAGAAUGCAGGUGGAGAAGGGGUGGAGUGUGACACUGAGAACGACAACCUCAGAAGAGUAACUGAUAUCCUCAGAACGCAAUGGAGCACAACUGACAAUUUCACAAGUGUCACAAACCACUUUGAGCACCUGUAUAAAGUGAGCUUUGACAACGUGUCAGUGUAUCUGCAGAAAAAGCAGCAGCGGAUUGAAGAGCAUCAGCUGAAGAGGACAAAAGGCCAGAAAACAAAAUGCACCAAGAAGUCAAAGAAGAAACCUGAUGAAGUUUUGACUCAGCCUUCUACUUAAGUGAAAAGUAAAGAGAAUCAUUCAGGUUUUGUACUUUGAAUGUGUGCGCCUUGCCAGUUUUAUUCAGUGGUUUAUUUUUCAUAUUUAAGAUGAAACAAAAUUAAACCUUUUUUCUGUUUGGCAUAGUCAUUGAAAGAAACCUGUUUGCCAGUAUGAGCCACAUACAUUCUGUUGAAUCAUUAUUGUAUGUUCGGUGCAUUUAAUUACAUUUAAUUUUACUCUGGGAAUAAUAAAGCAUAUUUUAUUUUAAAAAUUCCUAUGUCAAACCU